CUGCUACAAAUAGUAGCAACUCUAUAAAGCAGCUGUUCAAUUUGUUCAGAUUAAAAUUACUUUUUCUCGCAUUUUAAGAAACAAAAUUUUAAAUUUAAUUUAGCCAAAUUUGGUAAUUAAUAAAUUAACAUAAAAAAUAGAUAAAUAGCAAAUUCCUCCGACAUAUGUCCAAAACUUUGAAUGCGCAGUGUAAUAAUUAGCGCUCUUUGUAGCCUUCUAACAAAAGCAGUAACCAAAAGCAGUAACAUAAAGUGACCAAUACAAAAUUCAAAGUCCAAGAACUAUUUGCUGUGGUAUAUCUGCUGGCAGGGCCAGUGAAUGUAAAAUCUUUGUUGCUUGAAAAGCCAAUUUUUUAUUCCUUUAGAUAUUGAUAUAAAUCAUGUUGGGCCAAGAGCAAUUACUGGAGCAGAGUAGCAUUGCAACGUCGGUAGGUUUAAGCCCACAAGAAGAGGCAUUACAGUCGCUUUGCAAACAGCUAUUGAAAUCAACAUUUUUUCGUGGUUAUUAUGAAGAGCGACGAUUCGUGGACGCAGUAAGCGACUACCGAGACAUAGUUGGGCUACAUUGCAGUGAACGCGAUGUAGAGCGCUUAUUACUGGACAUUAAAUGCAAAUUGCAACUUUUUUAUCAGAAUUCACCCAAGGUGUGGAUUGGCAUAACACAUGGUGCAUGCAUGGGCAUUAUACCGAAGAAGUAUACGCUGAAUACAAAUAUUUGGCUGCAACUGCAAGAAGUUGCAUUCGGUCAGUAUUGGUUUAGUGUGAAAAGUGUUCGUUUUCGCAAAAAUGAGGUAUUGCUAAAGUUAAAAGUAGUGCGAGCUGUUGAACCUGAGACGCGAUUUGAACGAAUAUCAUCGUCACAUUUCCACACACCUACUCUUUCGCAUGCCAGUAAUACGUCAGCGUUAGCAGUCAAAGAUUCAGCGAAGACACUACAGAGCACACCACAGCAUGAAGAGUUGGCAAGCAGGUCGAAUGUAGAGAAUCCAGAAGUUAUGCAGAUCGAUUACGAAGACUUUGUCAAUGUGUUACGUGGCUGGGGAGCAACCAUAAAACACACUGUUUACGAUUUUAUAUCGAACGAUAUAAACAAAGACAACAUAAAGGACUUUUUACAAUUUCUGGGACUAGUUGUUGUCUCAUUGUUGACUGGUAGCGUUGUGGCUAUCAAAUAUUUGGGUAACUUCGCGUUGCGCUUCAUGUUCGAAUUCACACGUUUUACACAAGUAAUGACGCCUAUCAUAUUGAAGCUAAUCGACGUGAUAAAUAAAAUUGUAGGUGGAUUUUAUAUACUCGUGGCGAUGAUAUGGAAAGACGCAUUUAUGAAAAAGAAAAUGCCGAAAGAAGGAGUGCUGCAUGAUUACAAGGAAUAUCCACCAAGCAAUUUAAAAGCAAUAGAAUAUAAUCGGCCGCUAUAUAAAAGCAUUGAAUACAAUAUACGUCACAGCCCGCUACAUUCGCCACAGCCGCCUUUUAUGGGCACUAGUCGAGGACCUUUUACGGAGUUUGAACGAAAAUUUCAAUAAUUUGAUGCCUGUUGCAAUUAUGCGCCUGACCAAUUGGUGUGCGCUAGGCUGCUUCAACUGUGAAUUUCAUUGUUAGACCUAAUAUUUACUUCUAAAUUUAUUGCCUGUUGGUAUGAUGCUUUACCGAUUUUAUAUAUGAGACGAGCAUUCCGUAUAUUAUAUGAACAUACGAGCAAAACAGAAAGAAAUAUUUUAACAUAAUGAAACGAGUUAUUAUCAUGCAAUCCGAUGUUACAAAUUGAAUUAAGCACUUCAAAAUAUUCCGCUAAAAUUGUAAGGAAUCGGACAAAAUCACUGAAUUUAAUUUUUAGCUAAAGGUGUAAAGGUGAAUGUAUUUGAAUAGGCGAUGGGUGAGCUUAAGCUAAAUGGCAACAAUGAACGCUUUGAUGUAAAAACGGAUAUUUAUAAUUUCGUAAAUUCUUGUUUUUUAACCGUAAAUGAUUUAGAUCGGUUAAAGAAUGUGUUUUUGUUUGCAUUAGGAAAAUAUUAAGACUACAUUUUUUAGCCGAUAAAACAUUGAUUGCUCACUAAUGACAGCCAUUUAACUUUAACUAAUCCCCCGCCUAUUUUAGCACUGUUAUACAUAUAUCUAUAUUUAUGUAAAAAAAUAAAAAAAAAAAUUAA